AUGUCAAUGACAUCAACAACAAAUUCAGUCAAACAACGUAAAUUAAAUGAUUUACGUGUUGUUGAUUUACAACGUGAACUUCGUUCAUUUAAUAUUUCUUAUGAUAAAAAAGAACUUAAAGGAUCCCUUGUUGAAAAACUACGUCAAGCUUUACUUAAUCGAAAUCUUGAUCCUGAUAAUUAUCUUUUUGAUACGUCUACUGAUCUUAAAUCAAUAUCAUCAGAUGAUAAUAAUCGAAGUCAUGAAGAAAAUAGUUUCCAUGAUACAAAUAGUUCAGAAACAUCAACUAUGGAGGUCGAUACGAAACAACAAUUAAAUACUGAAAAUCCAGUGCAAACAACAACAACAACACCAUCAUCAUCACCACCACCGAUGAAAAUUUCAACAACAACAUCAUUAACAAAAGAUAUAGACGAUGAACAAAAUGAUCAAACAAAUCGUAUGGAUACAAUUGAUUUGAAACAAAUUGUUGACAACUGUGAUAAUAAUAAUAAAGAUUUAACAAUUGAACAAUUACUAACAAAUCAAGAAGAUGAAAAUACUAAUGAUAAAAUUGAUCACGGUCUUAUACAAGUAUCCUGUUCAUCAUCCGAUGAAGAAUUAGAUACAAAUAAUCAAAUAGGACAAUCAACAAAUAAAAAAAAUUUUAAUCAUAAUACAGAAUCAAUACCACCAACACCAACAACAGCAACACAACAACAAACAUCAUUCGAACAUUCAAAUGGUGAAGAUGAACAACAUACGUCAACAACAACAACAACAACUACAACUACAACAGAUCUUUCGACUGAGAAUGAUAAUCUAUCGAAAAGCGAAACUAAUCGACAAGAAUUAUCAGAUGAACAACAAAAGAAAGAUAAUACUAAUAAAUCGAAUAAAGAUGAUUGUUAUCUUUGGGUAUCAAAUAUUGCCAAAGAAACUCAUGCGUCUGAUUUAAAAGCAUUAUUUUCAAAAUAUGGAAAAGUUUUAACAACGAAAGUUAUUGGAUCAAGUUCAUCACAAUGGUUUGGAUAUAUUCAUUUAGCUACACGAGAAGAUGUUGAAAAAUGUAUUCAAGCAUUACAUCAAACAGAACUACAUGGAAAAAAAAUUUAUGUUGAUCGAGAAAUGCAUGAUCAAACAUCGGAUUCAUCAUCUUCAAAAUCCAAAUCAAAUAGUAGAUCAACAUCAUCUAAUCGUCAAAUAUCAUCACGUGAUACAUCAUCAAGUGCACAAAAAAAACGAUCAGAUCAAUCAAGUCAUAAAUCAUCUACAAAUGAUUCAUAUAAAAAUCGUGAUUCAAUCAUAGAUAAUCAAGAUAAACCAUCGACAGUAGAAACAAAUGUAUCAUCGAAAAAACGAUCAGCAUCAACAUCUAAUGAAAAUAAAAAAAAACUAUCAACAUCCGAUAUAAACAAAGCAAAUAAUGAUGACAUAACAGUUAAAUCAUAUGAAACUGAUUCGUUGAAUAAAAAACCAAACGAAUCCUAUAAUGAAAAACAACGAACUUCGUCGAGUAGUAGUAACAGUCAAUCAACAAAAUAUCAUAUAUCUCGUGCAGAUGUUCCAAAAACAAGCGAAAAAUUAGAAUCUUCUCACAAAUCGACUACAAAUGAUCGUAAAAAUGAUAAACAUUCAAAUAGAUCUGAAAAAUCAUCAACACAUUCUACAUAUAUUUCAAAAUCGAAGGCAUCAUCAUCACCUGUAACACGUCGAAGUCAUUCAAGUGAAAAACAUUAUAUUCCAUCAACAACAAAGCCUGAUCAUCAUCGUUCAUCUUCAAUUGAUAAAUCUAAACAACAUACGUCAUCUUAUAUGAUAUCAAAUAAAUAUGAUAAACCAAAAGAACCUUAUUUAAAAGAUACUACUUAUCAUUCAACAUCAUCAAAAACAUUUGAUACUGAUCGUCGUUCAACUUAUCAAAAUGAAGAACGUUUACGACAUGAAAAAGAAUUACUUGUACGAAAACAAUAUGUUCAACACCAAGAAGAAGAAAAUAUUAAAGAGCAACAACGACGUUUAGCUGACGAACGUGCACGAAUGAGACGUGAAUUUGAAAUUCUUGAACGUGAACGUUUAGAAAUCGAACGUAAACGACUUGCAUUAGAAAAAGACAAACAAGAUCAAGCACGAGAACUUGAAAAACAACAAAGACGUUUAGUUGAUGAAGCCAAACAUCGACAACAACAACAACAACAAGCUGAAGCUAAAUUACGUGAUGAAAAAUUACAUCGUAUGUCAACACAUAAUGAUAAUAAACGUCCACGUUCAUCACAUCAUGAACCACAACGUUCACAUCACACAAAUACAAAUAAUAUUAAUAAUUCAAAUAAAGGAUAUGAUCAUCGAAUAUCAACAAAUACAACAAGUGGACGUGGACGUGAUCGAUCACUUGAUGAUACUAAUCGUGAUUAUUAUCCAGAACCAAAACGACCAUAUACAAAGAAUCAACGUGAACCGAUGUUUCGUGAUCGUGUUGUUUAUCGUGAAUCUGAUCAUCCACCAUCGACUUCUAGUCUUGGUCUUAGUUCUUUGUCAUCAAUAAAUUCAAGUAAUAACAAUCAACGAUAUAUUUCUUCAUCAUCUAAUCAACAUCGUCUAUCAGAUCCUUAUAAUACAUUACCACAACGUGGACGUGAUAUGGCUUUACCACCUACAUCAUCUGUUAGUACAGCUUAUGAACGUUCUUCUCGAAAUGUUGCUUCACCACCAAACAAUACUAAUGCAAUUCUUCGACGUCCACAUUCACGUGAACGAUUUGAUGAUCGAGAAUAUAUACAGCAAGCACCACGUCGUGAUAGAUCACCACCGACAAAUAAUACAUUACGUCGUGAAUCAAUGGAAACAACACAUUGGGAACGACCAAAACCUCGUGAUACUACACAUUAUGCUGAUGACACUCACAAAUAUUUACCUACUCAAUACAUUUCUGACACAUCUCAAUCAGCUCAACAACAACAACAACAAGGCUUGUGGUCAGCAGCACCUCCAUCACGGCAACAACAUCAUCAUCCUGAUUUGCCAGUUAAAACUGCUUCUCAUGCACCUGUUGUAGACCCAUACGGUUGGCCACAUGUUUCUCAACAAGUACCACCUCCAUCACUUCCGUCUCAUCAUCCACAAGGAUUAUCAUCAUCGCAUGAUCGAUCUCGUGCUAAUGUGGCUAGCAAUCAACGUAUUCCUAUUCUUCCAUCCAAUCAACCACCACCACCACCACCUCCAUCAUCUCGUGGCAGUGCAACGAGUCAAACUCAUUUGUACAGUCACCCUGGUAUACCUGUAAACGCUCUUCCAACAUCUCAACAACAUGCACCAUUAGCACCACCACCAACAUCUCUUCAUCAUACAACAGCCUAUGUAACACAACAAGUUCCACCGACUGGUGGACUUGUCCUUCAUCCAACGGGUCAACCACGUGCCUAUGAACAACAUUAUGUUGUUACACAACCUUUAUCACAACGACGUUAUUAA